CAUUCCUAAUGGAAUACAGUCACAUACAAGCUCACGGGGGUGUUUUGUUACUGCGAGGACGCCUGAAGAUAAAAUGGCGGAUGGAGUAGACAUUGAUUUGUACGCUGAUGAUAUUGAGCAAGAUUUUGCACAGGAUGAAUUUGCUGGAGAUGGUGUGGAUCUUUAUGAUGAUGUAAUAGCAGCACCUCCAAGCACAGGAGGGGGUGGAGAUGAGAAUUCUCAACCCCCUCAUACUCCAGGACCUCCAAUCCAAAACUCUGAUGGGCAUUCACCAAACAAUGCCAAUCCACCAUAUCAUCAAAUGGGUAACAAUAUACAACCCAAUCAAGUGGGACGUCGCCAUCAGCUGUAUGUUGGCAACUUAACAUGGUGGACUACAGACCAAGACAUUACAGAUGCAGUUCUUGGAAUAGGAGUUACUGACUUUGUGGAAGUAAAAUUUUUUGAAAACCGUGCAAAUGGACAAUCUAAAGGAUUUUGUGUAAUCACACUGGGCUCAGAACCAAGCAUGAGGAUGUGUAUGGAAAGGCUACCAAAGAAGGAAUUGCAUGGCCAGUGUCCAGUGGUUACAUUUCCAACAAAGCAGGCAUUAAAUCAGUUUGAAGCGCAGUCAAAAACCCGACCAGUGCCACCUCCAAACCCAGGCCCUCGAAAUCCUCAUCCACAUCCACAUGCCCAUCCUCCAAGAAUGAUGAUGGGGCCUCCUCAGGGUAUGAGACCAAGGAUGCCACCCCCAGGGAUGCCUCCUCCUGGUCCAGGACCUCGAAUGCCUGGUCCUCCCAUGGGACAUGGAGGUCCACCUGGUCAUGGACAUCCUCCUGGCCCUCCAAACCAAGGACACCCACCACCAGGAUUCCAACAUGGUAAUUGGAAUGGUCCUGGAUCCAAUGGCCCUCCUCGUCCUGGUCCUCCUCCACAAGGCCCUCAUCCACAAGGACCUCAACAGAGGCCACCACCAGGAAUGCCAUUCCAAGGCCCACCUCCUGGUCAGGGACCCCCCAGAGGGCCUCCUCCUGGCAGCAUGCCUCCAGAUCCUCGAGGCCCUCCACCUCGACCAGAUUGGAACAGACCACCUGGUCCAGGCAUGCCACACCACCAUCCUGGCCCAGGCUUCCCACCCCACAAUCAGCCACCGCCUAUGCAGGGCCCCCCACCUGGCCAGGGACCCCCGCCUAGAGGCCCACCACCUGGACAGAUGGGAGGUCCAGGAGGUCCUCCACCAGGACAUGGAGGUCCUCCAGUACAUGGAGGUCCACCUCAAGGCCCACCUGCUCCUCAUGUAAAUCCAGCCUUUUUCCAGCAAGGAGGUGGCCCACCACACCAAGGUCCUCCUCAUCAGGGUCCACCGCCCCCACAUGGUCCACCUCAUGGUUAUGGGCCACCUCCUACAUCUCAGCCACAGUAUGGGGCACCACCUCCAGAACAUCGCCCUGAAGGGCCACCCCCGCUAAGCGAAGCUGAAUUUGAAGAGAUAAUGGGACGGAAUCGAACUGUAUCAAGUUCUGCUAUUGCACGAGCCGUUUCUGAUGCUGCUGCAGGUGAAUAUGCAAGUGCUAUUGAAACAUUGGUGACGGCAAUAUCUCUGAUAAAACAGUCUAAGGUUGCAAAUGAUGAUAGAUGCAAGAUACUGAUAAGUUCACUCCAAGAUACACUGCAUGGGGUUGAGACAAAAAGCUAUGGAUCUGCACGUAGAGAACGGUCUCGUUCUCGAGAGCGGGAUCGCUCACAUCGCCGGCGUAGAGAACGAUCUCGCAGCAGAGAUCGAGAGUAUCGGGAACGGAGUCGAGAGAGAGAGAGGGAUAGGGAGAGAGAGAGGGAUCGUGACCGCUACUACGCUGAUAGUUAUCCUAGAGACCGGUCUCGCAGCAGAGAAAGAGAAAGGGAACGUGAUUAUCGUGAACGUAGUCGUGAAGACAGUUCAACACGCCAGGCUGUUCGCCCCAGGGCCAAGUCACCUGAGCCACCUGAUACAGCUGCUGUCAUGAGCUCCAAGUCCAGGUACUACUAUGAUAGAGACCGGGAGCGUGAACGUGAGAGGGAUAGAGAACGGGAGACCACCCGACGAGAUCCUGAACGCGAGAGAGAGAGGGACAGAGAACGUGAACGUAGGGAGGAAAGAGAGUCCUCUCAUCGCAGCUCACGUCACUAAUUACCAUUCUUUAGACAGUGGGGGCAUUGGAGAAAGAGCAACACCACUUCUGGUUCCAGUUUAUGUAAUUGGAGGUGAAUCAGAAUGCGUGUAAGUUGUUUCUCUUUAUAAUGGUGUGAAAAAAUGUUCAGAUUGCUUCAUCUUUGUGUUUCCAGAUUAUUCUAGUUUGUACCACCUUCAUAUCUUGAGAAUUAGAUAGUAUAUUAUAUAGGUGUAGUGUGUUUUAAAAUAGUGAAUUUACAGUAGGAAAUGACUAUGUAAGUGUUUGCAGGAGUAUAUUGUUAUGGGAUGUCAUACAAGUCUGAAUGAUGUGAAAUUUAAUUUGAGAAUUAUGUGUUAGGUUCAUUAACAUUCUGAUGUUUUCUUGUACCAAUUCACAUUUCCCAGUAAUAUAAUUGAUGUUUAUGUAUGUCGUGUAUGUAUUGACAAAGGCACUGAGAUGUAAUUUGUUGGGUAUUCUCUCUUUUGCUCUCUUUUCAUUAAAGCUUCCUUGAAGAUAA